GGUUGCGAACCCGCGAGGGCUUCAGUGUUGCAUCUCGCCUUGCUGUCGAAACUCGCCGUGCUGUUUCGUCUUCUCAAAAUGGGCUGGCUCAACACUGGAGCAUGCAUGACGCUUGCUGUUAUGGCCACUGCCAGUAUUGUGGCGAACCGCCCCCAUCGCGAACCCAUAGACGGAUUCAGGAUGCUCGGUGCUUUUCCCCGUGUAGUGGCCAUCUCCUCUUCAAACAACGAUACCUCGUUCAAGUGCCUCGCCGCUACUAGAACUCAUUUCGACUUGGAAGCAAAGAGGGCGGCCUUUGUGUGGCACUUGGGAGGAAACCGCGCAUCCACUGCCACGAGGAAUGUCACUUUCGACAUACAAGCGGGAAAUGCACCUGACCAGACAACGUACUUCAUAGACAACGACAUGACUCGCCCGUACACUGCCUACUACAACUACACUGACUAUGAGACCUGCAUGGUGAUGAUAGUUCCCUACAACAACCAUGAUCACUGCUUGUUGUGGGUGAAACCUGCCGUGGCACAUGAUGUUCCGAGGCACUGCUUAGACCACUAUGAAGAGUCUUGCGACGUCCGGGUUCCUCAAUAUGACAAUGACCUCUGCGGCAACCUGUCAUAAAGAGAUUUUACUGAAACUCACUGUUGAAACAUUCUGGUCGCAGGAGCUAAUGCCCUCCCCCCCCCCCCCC